UUGCUCUUUUUCUCUCUCCCUCCCUUCCCCUCUCUUUCAGAUUUUGUUUCUAAUCAAGCAAAAGCCCUCGCUCGACCGAGACUCGCUUCCUCAGCUGCGUUUUCGGUCGGCUCAUCGAAUGCUAUGGAAAUUGCAGCCUGGGAAUUCAAAGUUUGAACCAAUGGUUCACAAUUUUCCUGAGGAAAUCAUACUUGAUAUCCUGUUUAGAUUACCUCCUAAAACAUUGAUCAGGUGCACCUCAGUGUGCAAGUCAUGGAACUCCAUGAUAAAAAAUCCCAGCUUUAUACGCACCCACCUCAACCGUACAAUCGAUCUUAAUAACCAGUUUGGCACCCACCUCCGCCUUGUGUACUGUGCUCGUAUAGUUAAACGGUCUAGAUUCCGCCAUGGUGACCUUGAGUUAUUGGAGGAGCAAUGCAAUUUGUAUUCUGACAACCUUGCUUUUGAUGAGUACUGCAAACUAGAAUUUCCAAUUGCUCCCAGGGAAGAACUGCACAAUAAAGUUUUAGACGUGGUCGGGGUUUGUAAUGGGCUGGUGCUUCUUGCUGAUAAUAAAGUUUGUUCAGGUAACACCUUCAUUUUAUGCAACCCGUCUAUGAGAAAGUCAGUGACCCUUCCUAAGCCUCAUUAUACCUUCAAAGGAGAUCCCGGUUAUUAUUAUUGUAUGGGUUUUGGUUUUGACGCUGUAACCAAUGACUACAAGGUUGUGAGAAUUACCAUUGAUCAUAGGGAGGAUCAGGAUCCGAGUACUUUUUAUGAGGUUUAUUCACUGGCUGGAGGCUCAUGGAGUGAUCCUUGUUCUUUGGAUCACGUAUUAGGACUUGACAAUAUUCGCAAACCCACUGCUUUUGUUAAUGGUGCUAUUCACCGGGAUGGAUGGCGCCGUUUGACAAAUGGUGGUUCUGAAUGUUUCAUUUUGGCAUUUGAUGUGGGCAGCGACUCAUUUCGCAGUAUAGUGACACCAAAGGAUUUCAGAAAGUUAUACAGCGAGCAUUUGUGUAUUUCAGGUUACGGGAAAUCUAUUGCUCUGUCCCUCUCUUAUUAUACUGAAAUUAUAGAGCCUCGUCUUGAUAUAUGGGUGAUGAAAGAGUAUGGCGUGGAAGAGUCAUGGACCAAAUUGAUAACACUAUGUCCACCAGGUCCAGAAGGACAAUCUUUGUACCAACCAUUAUGGUUUAGGAAGAGUGGUGAUGUAGUGUUGGUACUGACUGAAAGUUUUGUGAAUGAUGAUAGUAGGCAUGAAUUAGUUUGUUUAGACCUUGUGAGCAAGCAAUAUACAAAUCUUGGAAUUCAUGGAUAUAGAUAUUACUAUGCUGAAUCUUAUGUUGAGAGCCUCGUCUUACUCGACAAGACUGAUGCAGUUUCUUACUGAGGAAAAGAACAGGUAGAAAAUGGGGCAGAUAACCUUCAAGACUCUUACGGUGCCUUCUCUGUAGCUGCGUGGUGCUAGCCUUGCUGCUUCUGAUGUUAAAUUGUUCCAAGUUGUAUCAAGAUUUUCAAUAUUUGAUGGAAGUGUACCCUUCUGUUUCCUAGGAGGUGUUUGGGAUUUGGUACCUUUCUUAUUUAACUAUCUGUAAUUUCGCGUUUCGA